AUGAAAAUCUGCGAGAGCAAGCUGCCCAUCAUCCCGAUCGAGGACGCCAAGCACUACUCGUGCAGCGAGGAGAACGACACCAUCAACCUGGAGAACAACUCGAACGACCUGAACAGCUACCAGAAUUUCCUGAUCGGCAGCUCGCCGCACGACGGGGUGCGCAAGUGCAGGGAGAAGCACAUGCACCCGUUGGUAAAGAAGGAGAAGGGCGCGCAGAAAAAUUGCAGCCAUGUUGGGAGUCACGUAGGGAGUCACGCUGGCAGCCAUGUAGGAAGUCACGCAGGCAGCCAUGUAGGAAGCCAUGUAGGAAGCCACCUAGGCAGCCACUCAUGCGGCCACCGCACCCGCAUGCGCACGUCCACCCGCGGCAACAAUGAGAAGGGGCUAAAUUUGAUCAAAAGGAAGAAGGGGGUGAUGCGGAAGGACCCAUACGGAAGUACGCACUUGGUAUUGGGCAACCUGCGAAGCGGUAGAAAGUUAAAAAAAAAACUGCUGUGGAAUAAUUACUAUGGAGACCAAAACACAAACGUGUCUGAGCUGUCCUACAUAAAAGAAUUUGAAAACAACUCCUUUAUGCACGACAAUAGUCACCACAUGAUAGUGUACGAAAAUAAGUACCCAGAUUAUAGUGCACUAAGUAAGAGGGAAAAGAGGAGCGAAAAAAUAAAAAACUUCUUUGUGUACUCACCAGAUAUUAUCCAGAGAUGGAUCAGAGUCAUUUUCAAUGUCAUCAUAACGUCCCUAAUAGUGACGCUGAUUUAUUUUACAUUCGUGUCCGUUAGGGAGGAUAUAAAUAAGAAAGUAGCCAUUCAAAUGCAAAAUGUAAAGGAAGAAUCUGACGCUUGUAAGAAGCAGUACUAUGCCCAUAAAUGUGGUACCGUAAAUUUACCCAUUCUGAAUGACAAAUGUGAGGAAUGGCUAAGGUGUAUGAAGACAGAUCACAAGCUAUAUCAAGACUUUUCUUUCCUAUCUGCUCAAAUGUUGGGUCAGCUGAUUAACGCCUUUAUUGUUCAGUUUGAAUGGAAGAGCAUUUGUGUGAUUGCUUUUAUUUUCCUUUUAAUUUUUAUUGGUAGUAAUUAUGCCUUAUCGAUUGGUGGAGGGGGGGGGACUAGAGGAAAUGCGAAUAAUGAGUAUAAUGUGUACAGCCCUCAUAUGGGUCAUCCUCCUAUGCACCCUAAUGGGAAUAUCCCUCCUUUCCCCUACUACCACUUUUAUCCUUUCAUGCCACAAGGUGUGAGUUAUGGCGGAUCGAGUAGCAACCCUGACGUCCCAGUGAUGAGUAAUCCCUUUCUACAAAAUAAAUUUUAUUCCAAUGGCAGUCUGGGCAGACCCGGGGGGUACCCCCCGACGAAUUAUAGCUACCUGAAUCAGUACACGAACAACAGCGAGAACAAUGCCUCCACGCAGUCCAACGGUAGGAGCAAGGACUACUCCGAGGCGUACACUGGCCCCCCCAAGAAGGACGCCAAGCGCGGCUCCAAGAAGCUGGGCUUCCUGAAGUACCUCACCCCGGACUUUAAGUAG